UACAGACUCGGACGUUGACGCUCACUCAGCCGCAAAGCUGUUGAACCCUCUCAGCUGAGUAGAGGUCCCCGUCCUGCGGUCAAACAACAGACCGCUCCUGGUUCUGAGGGUAACACCCACACACACCCACCGGACAGGACUGGGACUUUCUUUCUACGUUCAGUUGUUUUUUCUAAACUGCGCUGAGAAAUUCUUUCUUUCUCUUUUUUCCUCCCCGUCUGAAUCGCGAAGUAGAGGUUAACCCCAACAGAUACUUUCUGCUUGUUAGCGUGGAUGUGAGUCUCCGUUUCACUGCAGUCAGCACUAUGGACGGCUGAUUCACCAGCUUUACACCUAACAGAUCGGAUGUCCCAUGUGUUGCUGCUGUUCAGACAGAUGAAAGGAUGGGGAUAUGAUUCUGGAUGAUAAGGCGAAGAAAUUCUUCAGCUGAACAGAGAACAUAAAUGAGUGUUUGCCAUGCUACAUGGGAACUCCACCCUGGUCUUACUCUUCAUCCUCACCAUUUUUGCCACUGCCUACGGUCGCUCCUACCCCCGUUUUUCCCGUAAUGACACUGAGUUCCAGCACCUGGUGCUCCACCCCGACCCCUCUGUGGGGACUGUGUACGUGGGGGCCAGGGACCACCUUUUCCAACUGGAUGGCUUAGAUGGACUGCGAUUGGAGCAAGAAGAGAGGACUGGACCUGUAAUCGACAGCAAAGAAUGCCUUCCCCCAGUCACUGACACCAAUUGUCCCCAAGCCAGAAGAACCAGUAAUCACAACAAAUUACUGCUGGUGGAUCCAAAUGCACUGGAGUUGAUCGCAUGUGGCAGCGUGCACCAGGGCACCUGCCAGAAACGUAGUCUGGUGUCAGUCAGAGAGGUUUUGUUCUCUACCGAGAGGCCUGUGGAUACCCAGUAUGUUGCAGCCAAUGAUCCAUCGGUGUCAACAGUUGGUUUGGUAGUGCGGCCAAGUGGCGGAGAUAGGACGGUGAUGUAUGUUGGUCGGGGCUAUACCGCCAGCCACCCACCCAUCUCCACACGCCACCUUUCAUUAAAACCUAUCUUUUCCUAUGAAGAGACAGCUAAGCUAGCUGUGGCUGGGCGUCUGUCGGAAUAUGAUCAUCAUUUUGUGACGGCGUUCACACGGGGCACGUAUGUGUACUUCUUAUUUUACCGCCGUGACAUCAAGUCACCAUCAAGGGACUACCGGACAUAUGUCGCCAGAGUGUGCAUUGAAGACACUUCCUACUAUUCAUAUGUGGAAAUUCCUCUUGUCUGCCUAUCACAGUCCCAUUCACCUAGGAGUUACAAUCUGCUCCAGGCAGCCCAGGUGGGACACGGGCCGGGCCUGCAGGGCGAGGAUCUGCUAGGAGUCUUUUCCACCAGCACCAGCCCCACAAACGACGAUCCCUCACAUGAAUCGGCUCUGUGCAUUUUCUCUCUACACGAGCUGGACAGAUACAUCAACUCAACCCGUGACCUCUGCUACACCAAAGAUGGGCGGGGGGAGGGAACAGGAGAGGCCUACAUAGAAUACGAGGUCAAGUCCAGCUGUGCCAACCUGCCCGUGAAUACCCUGAAGGCAUAUCCCUGCGGCUCCGACCACACCCCAAGUCCAAUGGCAAACCGGGAACCGCUGAAAACUAAACCCGCAUGGCACACCUCAUCUGGCCGUCUCACCGCCGUGGCAGUCAGUGUCAGGGAUGGACAUAGCAUCGCAUUCCUGGGAGACUCCAGAGGGACCCUUCACAAGGUUUAUCUUGGCCGAGAUGGCACGGUGGAGGUAUACGAGAACACAACGAUCCACCCCAACUCUCCCAUUAACAGUGACCUUUUGCUGGAUCAGAAUGGAGGACAUAUCUACAUCAUGACCAAAACCACGGUGGAGAAACGUCCAGUGGCAGAAUGUGGGGAUCACUUAGACUGUCAGUCCUGUCUAUCUGCCAGAGACCCCUAUUGUGGCUGGUGUGUCCUGGAGGGACGCUGUGGUCAGCGGUGGGAGUGCCAGCGAGGAUCUGAGCAGGGUCAUUGGUUGUGGAGUUUUAACCAGACACAGCAGUGUCUCAGUAUCCAGCACCUCAGCCUCUACAAUAUCAGCCGUGGAGAGGAAACUGAUAUUACCGUGUCAGUAGAAGGCCUACCCAGUCUAAAACAAGGCGAGGCCUACUCUUGCUUCUUCCAGGAUACAGAAACACCGGCCUUGCUCACUACUGCUGGUGUAAUAUGCUCCACCCCUGAUGCCAGCAGUCUGCCCCCCAUUAGCCAUGGAGAUGAGUUUGUAAUGGUUACCCUAUCGCUGCGCUUCAUAAAUGUCACGGUAGCAGAGACAGAAUUCACCUUCUACAACUGCAGCCUGGUGCAGCAGCUGUCUGGACGCAGGCCAUGCCAAGGGUGUAUCAGCAGUCGUUGGGGGUGUAACUGGUGUAUCCACCAGCAUGUCUGCACACAUAAACACGUCUGUACCGAAGGAGUGACUAUCUACAACCAAAAUUUCAAACCUCCAACCCCCACCACACCAACACCCAGCAGAAAACUGACCCCUCCACUUCCUACUGUCCCGACUGCUACAACAUCAACUACUGCAACAACACAGCCACCACCCACAGAGACAUCCGCUCCCACCACUACAGCUGUCCCCACCACUACAAUCAAAGUAAUGCCACCAACAACCCCCAAUGCUGAAUCCAUCACACCUUUUGGCCUCCCAACAACUUCUCCCUCUGUCAGGACCUCCACCCAGGGCACCACGGAGCACACUGAGGUCACCACCAUAGGCUUCUCCCAUGUGGGAAGAACAACAAAGGGUACUGAUGGACCAACCAGAGGUUUUUCAAAGGAUCGGCUCACUGAUAGCUUAAAUAUCACACAAAGACACACAGUCACUACAUUACCCAGCAGCACUAGUCACCACACAGACUCUCAUUCUUUUGAACCAUCUGGUGGAUCGUCCUCUGAAAUGAGCACAAGCGCUUCCAGCGAAGUCACCCUUUUAGCAGACCCUAGAGAUUCCAAAGAAGCUGUUCUUCCGGCCAGAACUGAAGAGAACAAUUCACCCCUGUGGCUGAACAGGUCGACGAACCCAGAGAGUGAGGUGGUCUCAACAAGUUCAUCUGUCAUUCCUACAUUUGUAUUGACUCAAUCACCUGAAACAGCUAUUGACCUCAGCUUUGAUUCUGGAGAGAACUCCCAAUCUGAUUCUACAAUUGACUCUUAUUUUCUGGAAUGCCCGUGUGUGGAGAAAGUUCAGGAUUCUCCUCUUCUCCCUGUCAAUGUGGAGCGGAAGAUCACUCUGGUGGGACAAUACCUAAACCUGUUUCAGGAUGAAGAUUUAAACUACGAGUGUGUACUGGAGAUUGAGAAUAAGUCGGUGGUAGUGGAUGCCUCAGUGCAGCCGGAUACUGCAAAGCCAUCAGUCUUCUUUAUCACCUGCCAACCGCAUCAGUAUGUGUACUCCGUGUCGCUGGAGGAAUACCCGACCACAAUCAAUGUGAGGAGAAAAAACAACUUCGUCAUUGACAGCGCUGAGGAUCUGUAUGUGACUCUGUUCAAUUGUUCGGUGGGGCGGUCAGACUGCAGCCGGUGUCGCACAGCUGACCCCAAGUAUGGCUGCGUUUGGUGUGGUGGGGCCAGCAGUUCUCGCUGUGUGUACAAAGACUCCUGCACCGAUGAGAUCAAGCACACCUGCCCGGCGCCAGUCAUCCACUUUCUGGACCCAGAAUCCGGUCCCGUCGAGGGAGGGACAGUGGUGACCAUUUCAGGCUCCAACCUCGGUCAGAGAGCCGAAGACAUCCAGGGCUCAGUCACAGUAGCAGGUGUUCCUUGCAAUGUGAUCCACAGCAGAUAUGAAGUCUCCUCAAGGAUAGUAUGUGAAACUACAAGCAGUGGACGGGAGGAGAGUGGCCAGGCCUCAGUCACAGUGAGGGGAGGAGGACUCGGGCUGUCAGCUCACAGGUUCAGCUUCCAGAAUCCCGUACUAAGCAGCAUCUUCCCCCACAGAGGGCCCAAAGCAGGUGGCUCCUCUCUCACCAUCACAGGCCAAGCACUGAGGACGGGACACACGAACGAAGUCAGCGUCCUAAUUGGAGGAAUACCGUGUGAUGUGCGCGACAUCCAGAAGGAUCACAUCAGCUGUCUGACCCGAGGCAGCAACAGGACGGGAGAACACGGCAUCACUGUGCGGUUUGGUGGUGCAGAGCGCCACCUGAAGGGCUCGGUGUAUCAUUACACCCCCAACCCAAACAUCACCAAGGCUGCUCCGUCCAAAAGCUUUCUUAGUGGAGGCAGAAUCAUUACAGUUUCUGGUCAGAACCUGGAUGUGGUCCAAGAGCCAAAAAUGAGGGUUACCCUCAGUCCUCGUGAUACUCUCCCUCCCAGGAGGCGGAGAAGUGUGGUUAAGAAGAAAGAAGGAAGCCUUAACCGAGGACGGGAUCACCAGGGUCCUUUGAAGAGAUGGAGGAGGAUUGUUCCAGAGGCGGACUGCCCUGAGGGGACGCUCUGCCAUGUCAAACAGUACGAGUCUCGCUGCACGGUGAACAGCUCCUCCCUCAUCUUGUGCCCGACCCCGGCCGUGGGCCCAGAGGCCAUUAAUGCAAGGGUCAAAGUUCACUUCCUGUUGGACAGCCUUCAUUUUGACUUCAACACCGUGGGUAAGGAAGCCUUCAGAUAUGAGCUCAACCCCACGCUCUACAAGCUGAACCGGAAUGAUCCCAGCAAGCCGUACCAUCACAAACCCGGCAGCAUCAUCUCUGUCGAGGGAGAACAUUUAGAUCGAGCCAUGUCCAAGCGCGAGGUGGAGGCUUGGAUAGGUGACGGCCUGUGUUCAGUGAAGACCCUGACACACAGCCACUUGUACUGCGAGCCACCAGCUCAGCAGCCCUCGGUCAAAGGUAGGAAGAAGCAGGAUGGCGUGGACAGUCUGCCUGAGUUCACAGUGAAAAUGGGAAAUCUGAACUUUUCUCUGGGCAGAGUAGAGUACGACAGCCAGACACAGUCUACAUUUCCUCUAGAGGCUCAGGUGGGAGUCGGUGUUGGAGCAUCCAUAGUGGCUCUCAUUGUGCUCAUCAUAGUGCUCAUAUACAGGAGAAAGAGCAAACAGGCCAUGAGGGACUAUAAGAAAGUCCAGAUCCAGCUGGAGAACCUGGAGACGAGUGUCAGAGACCGCUGUAAGAAGGAGUUCACAGACUUGAUGACAGAGAUGAUGGACAUGUCCAGUGAUUUGGUGGGCUCUGGGAUUCCCUUCCUGGAUUACCGAACGUAUGCUGAGCGCAUUUUCUUCCCGGGGCACCAGGAGUCCCCACUCAGACGAGAUCUGGAUGUUCCAGAGAGUCGAAGGCAGACGGUGGAGCAAGGGCUGAUUCAGUUGUCCAAUCUGCUGAACAGUAAACUUUUUCUCACCAAGUUUAUUCACACUCUCGAGGUGCAGCGGACCUUCUCCCCCAGGGACCGGGCCUACGUGGCCUCUCUGCUGACUGUAGCUCUGCACGGUAAACUCGAGUACUUCACAGACAUCCUGAAGACGUUGCUCAAUGAUCUAGUGGAACAGUAUGUGGCCAAGAACCCCAAACUGAUGCUGAGGAGAACCGAAUCAGUUGUUGAGAAGCUGCUGACAAACUGGAUGUCCAUUUGUCUCUUCACGUUUCUGAGGGAAUCAGCAGGGGAAUCUUUCUACAUGCUGUUCAGAGCAAUAAAGCACCAGGUGGAUAAGGGACCCGUGGACGCUGUGACUGGAAAAGCCAAGUACACACUUAACGACAACCGACUCCUGCGAGAGGACGUGGAGUACCGCACACUGACUCUAAAUGUGGUGAUGCCAGCUGCAGCUGCCAGCGGCGGCACCACAGCGCAGACGGUUCCUGCUAAGGUGCUGGACUGCGACACCAUCACACAAGUGAAAGAGAAACUUCUGGAACAAACCUGGAAGGGAACAUCUUUUUCUCAGCGGCCGCACAUCGACUCGUUACAUCUCGAGUGGCGUGCAGGUGUUGCAGGUCACCUAAUCCUAUCAGAUGAAGACCUGACAUCAGUAGUGCAAGGUUCAUGGAAGCGCCUUAAUACACUGCAGCACUACAAGGUCCCCGACGGAGCAACGGUGGCCCUUGUUCCCAGAAACAACAAACAUCACCUCCACGACAGCCACGAUUACAUGCCAGGAGAGAAGACCCCUAUGCUGGAUGAUGGGGAAGAAGGAGGCGUGAGACUGUGGCAUCUGGUAAAAGCCAGCGAGGAGUCCGAGCUGCCCAAGCACAGGAGAGGUAGUGUGAGGGAGAAGGGCGGGGAGCGAGCCAAAGCAAUCCCCGAGAUCUACCUCACGCGCCUGCUCUCCAUGAAGGGCACUCUGCAGAAGUUUGUGGAUGAUUUAUUCACCGCCAUCCUCAGCACCAGCCGUCCUGUACCUCUAGCUGUCAAAUACUUUUUCGACUUGUUGGAUGAGCAGGCUCAGCAGCACAACAUCACGGACCCGGAGACCAUCCACAUCUGGAAAACCAACAGCUUGCCACUGCGGUUCUGGAUCAAUAUCCUGAAGAACCCACAGUUCAUCUUUGAUGUGCAGACGUCAGACCACGUGGAUGCUGUGCUGUCUGUCAUAGCUCAGACCUUUAUGGAUUCUUGCACCAUAGCUGACCAUAAACUGGGACGGGACUCUCCUAUCAACAAGUUGCUGUAUGCCAGAGACAUCCCCCGCUACAAGCAGAUGGUGGAGAGGUACUACGCAGACAUCCGUCAGACCAUCUCUGCCAGUGACCAGGAGAUGAACUCGGCCCUAGCAGAACUCUCCCGUAAUUACGCUGCUGAGGUCAACUGCCUCGUGGCUUUACAUGAACUUUACAAGUACAUCAACAAAUACUACGAUCAGAUUAUCACAGCUCUGGAAGAGGACUGCACAGCUCAGAAGAUGCAGCUUGGAUACAGGCUCCAACAGAUAGCAGCUGCCGUUGAAAACAAGGUUACAGACCUAUGAUUUCCAGGGCUGGGAUAGACAAACUUUUCUUAACAUCUCCUUGGAAAAAAAAACAAAACAAGAAGAAAACGUUUUUUUCCCUAAGAAAAAGGACUAUUUGGUCACAUACUGUGAUUCUGCUGUCAUUUUGACAGACUAAAUUGUUAGUGAGGUGAGAGAUGCUCAUUGACACUGACCAUGUUUCUUGUGCUGAAUCGGUGUGUACACUUACACUCCUCUUUUGUCUCAUUUUGGGAGCAAAAAGAGCGCCACAUCGCUGAGGAGGGGAAAAAACUGAGAAAAUGUGAAACCGAGCACAUCAAAACAAAGGAAUUUCUUCUGAACCUUGGAUUUCUGAUGUUUAAGUCACCUAAAGGGAAAUUAAUAACAAAACAAACGAGAUCAUUUUGGGUGUUUUUCUCUUUCUCGAUGGACAUUUUUCAGAGUAACUGCACAGAACAUUCCUGCCCCGAGUUUAAAGGUAGAUUUGUUGUGGGAAAAAAGAAAAUCUAAGUGUGCUGGAGACAAAACAAAGUGGCAAAAGGGAAAAGGAGGAUUUGACCUUAAACACCAACAGCUUUGGAGUUUUCUACCAUGUUUUCUCAAAGUCUUACAAAUUGAUAAUGACACUGUCAGUGGUCUAAGUUACCACUUAUUGAAUCUGAAGUAUGUUUUCAUUCUGUUUUUACCUUCCUGAGAUCAACCUUCCAAGUCUUACUCUGUUGUCGUGUUCAGUUAGCUGUUAUUGGAUGGGUUCACUGGGUAUAUUUCAUUUUUUAAACUCGUCAUUACCAGUUCUUUUACUGUAAUUUGUAGCUGCUGCCUAAUUUAGUUUAAAUCUCAGACUAAUGUUUUAUAAAAGCUCUCAAUCUGCUUUUUUUUAAAAGAUAACCUACAGCUUGGGGAAUUUUCUUUUUCAGGUAACGUUUCACAAAUUUUGUUUCAUUUUCAAUCUUUGCUUUUAUUUGCAGACGCAAAGCAGUUUGACAAAGACAUUUGUAGCUGACUUAAGAACAAUCCGUCAAAUCUUCUCCACAAGUUAAACUACAUGCAGACAAAAUCUAUAAGAGAUCAAACCUGAACUUAACUAAUAAAAGCAAAAAUAUUAAAAAUAAAAUGCACAAAAGAACUGAAGAACAUUUUUAGAAAUGUCAAAUACUGGGGUCAUUUACUUUUGAUUUUAGAGGUGACUCAUAGGUUGUUAUAGAGAAACAAAAAAAAUAAAAUAAAAUGUAGAAUAAACUAAAUGAAUUCUUGAUUUGUACACUAAACUAUGAUGAAUUAAUUUUCCAUUUAAAGUCAUCCUGCAUAGAUCAGCUGAUUGUUGCGUCUGCCGUUCCAAACACGUUGCCAACCCUUACAGAGUGCCCUCGGGUCACCAAUCGAUACACUGUCACUACAUAAAAUAGUUGAAUGGUGUUUCUCCCGUCUCUGUUUUACUUACUUUUUAAUUUUCAUUUAUUGGCCGUUAUAAAUCCUGACACCAACAGAUCUGUAAAUAGCUAAUAUUGGCUAACGACAUCGGCCCACUCAUAAAUUGGUCAGGCUCUACUUUAUAUAUAUUUUCAUAAAGACCUGUUUUCUCUUCUCUGUGGUCACAUGACCACUGCUUAAAUUCAGUGUUUCAGGAAAAAUAUGUUUUUGCUGAAUCUUUUUACACUGACCAAGCAGCUGUUUCCUAAGGUCGUUUAAUUAGCAUUUCUGUUUUGGUGUCGGUGUACGUGUCAUUUUUAUUUUCCUUUACAAAAAGGGGAAAAAGCUCAUCUCUGAGACUUAUAUCACACAUUGUAAUUGCCUAACAAAGGUGCCUGUUGCUUUGCCACGCCUCAUGUGAGAAUCCUUUUAUUUUCCCAGUUUAAUUUAUUGUUUAUUUAUUUUAUUGCAUAUGUUGUUGGAUUUUUCCUUACAGAUCUAUGAAACAUUUAUUCCCGUCACAUUCAGAUGUUUUUGUUUUUCUUUUGUACAUCGAGUUGGAUUUGAGGAGUUUCAAACUUCAAACUCAAAUCCAGUUGUCCUCAGAUGCUGAUUAUUUUUGAACAUUUUGGACCCAUUUUAAAUGUUUCAAGCAGUUAUCUUGUAAAUUAAAAAAAACAAACGAACAGGAUUUUUUGUUUUUACCAUGCGCAUUGGUGUUGCUUGUGUAAGCAAAGCUCAGUUCUGAUGUUUGUUCUGUACAUACUUUUCCUAAGUAAUCAUGACUUUAGCGUUCUCUAACCAACAGAUAGGAUGAACCUAACAACAGUUUAAUGUGAUGCAAUAAACAGGUCCAGAUGUUAA